CGGUAAAGCUUUAUUGCGCAUUUGUAGCUGUUCGCGAAGAAGUUUAAAUAAAGACUUGGAUUUUUUGAAUAUACCCAGGAUUGUGUUCACGGGGCGGUUUAAAUAAAGAUUUGGAUCGUAGUAAUUGCAGUUUAAAGUUGAAGAAUCGGGGCCCCACCCCUACCACCUCCACAGUAGCCAUGAUGGAACUACCCAACUACAGCAGCCAGCUGCUGCAGCAGCUGUGGGCCCUGAGGAAGGAGGGCCACCUCUGCGACUGCACCAUCCUGGUGGGGGACACUCAUCAUCAUGCCCACAAGCUGGUGCUGGCUGCCUCCAGCAUGCUCUUCAGGUCACUCCUGGACGGAUCUGACACCAUCUCCAUCGACACCAGCGUGGUGUCUUCGCAAGAGUUUGCUUGCCUCUUGGACAUGCUCUACACGGGAAAACUGCCUCUGGGAAAAUACAACGUCGGUCGCAUCGUAACGGCCGCAGACAACCUGCAGAUGUUUGACGUGGCUGUCGGCUUUAAAAGUGUCCUCUCCACACUGGUGAACCAGCAGAACCCUGUCCCAACCAAGCCUGAACAAACCACAAGACUCAGCGAGUCCAGCAAAGUCCAGACGGAAAGCUCAGAGGGCUCUGUAACCCCCAGCAAAGACAAGCCGGCUGCAGCAGUAGAGGAAAAGGAGAAGGAGAAGGAGGAGGAAAAGAAAGAGGAGAAAGAAGAUAAGGGGGAGGAAGAGGAGCAACGUUCCUGCACAGAUGACAAUGAAGGGCCGGCAAGCAAAAAAGCCCGUGUGGACCCAGUUGACCUCACAGGGCCGGACCAAACCUCGGGGGAUGCAGAAAAAGACCACUGCACUCCUUCAGAGACGCCGUGCAAAAAAGCCACUGAGGGUCUCCUUAAGCACGCCUCUCCGCUUAAGGAGUUCCUGGCGACUGUGCCCUCAGUCCAGGAGCUUCUAAGCAAGGCAGCAGAGAAUCUCCUGAAUGAGAAGGAAAGUGAGGUCGUCUGUUGCUGCUGCCAGGAGGCAGACCCCACCUCUGCCGCGGAGAAGCUGGUGAGCAGAGUGAAGGAUGGAGGGAUCUCUGAGGGAGGGAUGCUUCAGCUCCUCCGGGCGGUGAAAAAGAAGGCACCAUCCUCCUUUCCCUCAUCGCUGCUCCCUCUGCUGGAGGGUGGGGAGAUAAGUGCGCCAGCUUCCCCGCCAGAAGCAGCAGACUCAGGGCAGAGUGAUUCCAGAGAAGAGGAGCAGCCGGAUGUCAAGGACGAAGAUCAGAACAAGGAGGAAGAGGAGGAGGAGGAGGAGGAGGAGGAGGCAGGCUCUACCUCCCCGUCCAAGCGUUUCUCCUGUCGUUGGUGUAAGAGGAACUUCGAGUACAAGUGCCGCAUGAUUGCCCACAUGAAGCGCUGCUCCAUGUCCAAUCAGCGCGAGCAGCAGUGUCCUCAGUGCCCAGAGAAGCUGGCCAAUCAGAGAGCUCUGCGGCGCCAUCAGGCCGAGGCUCACCCCACCCCCACACGCAGCAGGAAGAAGGUGUCCUGCGACCUCUGUGGGCGGAGCUUUGCACAUCCAUCAGGUAUGCUCUACCACAAACGCACAGAGCACUUUGAUGAGAGGCCGUUCGCCUGCGACGAGUGUGGUGCCAAGUUCGGGGCCAACUCCUCUCUGAAGAACCACAUGAGGCUGCACACUGGAGAGAGGCCGUACCUUUGCAAGCACUGCGACAUGAGCUUCAGCGUGGCCGCCGCGCUGGCUUACCACACCAAGAAGAAGCACUCUGAGGGAAAGAUGUACGUGUGUCAGUACUGUAAGGCUGUUUUUGCUCAGUCCAUCGAGCUCACGCGCCACGUCCGGACUCACACCGGGGACCGGCCCUACGUCUGCCGGGAGUGUGGCAGAGGCUACAGCCAGGCCAGUGGCCUUACUGUCCACCUGCACACCUUUCACAACAUGGCAGAACCGCAUGAUUGUCAGAAGUGCUGCCUCAGCUUCCCCUCUCUGGAAGAACACCAGCAGCAUCUCCAGGAGUUCCACCCAAAGGAUUUCCAUAAGUGCACCAUGUGCGACAAGAUGUUCAGCAGCCCCGCCCUGCUGGAAAAGCACAGGGCCACCCACGUUGGGAGCAAACCAUUUUCCUGUGAGCUCUGCAACAAGUCCUACCAGCAACUGUCCGGUCUUUGGUACCACAACCGAACCAACCACCCCGACGUGUUUGCCAGCCACACCCGACAGCUCAAGACGCUGGUCCAGUGUGACGUCUGCUUCAAGUUCUUCCCCAGUGCAGCCAGCUUGUCCAGACACCGGACUGCUGACCACCAAGACUCCGAGACAUCUGUCAUGCGCUGUCUCUUCUGUAAGGAGGUUCUGGACGAGCAGCUGCAAGAGCACGUGUGCAAGCAGCACAUGAGCCAGAGCGGCGAUGCGUUCAGCUGCCCACUCUGCUCCCUGAUCUGCAGCUCUAUGCUGGAGCUGCAGGAGCACCUGCUGUCCUCCCACAUGGACCAGGAGAGCAGUGCAGACCAGCAGGCCUCCACCUCCUCCGUGGUUGAUUCAGCAGAGGGAGUGGCCAAAGACAAAAAGGUGGAAUCUAAGAAACCAUCAGAAGGACAGCAGCAGGUGGGGAUGGGCCGACAGGUUCUGGUCGCUCUCCCAAACGGAGGUGGGGCAGGUGAAGUGGUGGAGGUGAACAUGUACGAGCUGCUGGACAACUCUGUCACCUUUGUCUGCGGGGAAAAAACGUCUGAGCCUGACUCGUAGCUGGAACCCCCCCAAAAAAAUCUCUACUGUUAAGAGAGUUUGACAAUGCAGCAGUGAAAACAGUUAAUAUUUGAUCUUUGCUUCUGACUAUGGACUCAACAAGUUACACACACAAGUCUGAGUACCACAACAGGACCAAAACCACAACACAGUUGUGUAUUAGCUGGAGCUUUCUUACUUUAGGAUUGUGGCCCAGCAUUCUGUUCAUGUUAACGUUCACGUGUUUGCUUCUGGAAGAACCAGCGGUCCUUCACCACGGUGACAGAGGUCACCACUGUGGUCCUUCACCACGGUGGUGACCUCUGUCACUGUGGUGAAGGACCACAGUGACAGAGGUCAGCUGCUGAAGGAGAAUGUAUGUGGUGGUAGAAGUUUGGUUUUCAAAUUCUAUCCUUAAAUAACAUUUUGUUGAUAAAUACACAAUUCAAAGUAAAAACUGUCCUUUUUCUAGUUCCUCCAUUUCACUCCACACAUGCACCUCAGCCAGUUUGUGCUUCACAGAUUUUUUUUAAAUAAAGAGGAAAUUGUCUGAA